AAGAUACAUACACCACACUCGUUUAGUAGCUGCCACGCCGGCAAGAUGCCUCGCUUCUCAGCACGCAAUGCCAUUGUCCUUGUCAACGUCGCCCUCCUCACAGUCCUCUUCAUCCACCUCAAAACCGUGCUCUGGGACAAGAACCCCGGCCGCGCCAUCAACGGCGCAAGCUCCCUGUUCGACGACCUCUACGACGACGACGACGUCGGCUACGACGGCGGGAACGCGGAUGACCGCAACGCCGUGCUGGGAUUGAACAGCGUCAAGAGUGAUGAUGAGUGGAAGAGCAAAGAUGGCAAGACGCUGCAGGUCAAUGGUGGGUCGGCGGGUGACUUGUUGGGUGCGAAGGGUGGGAAGGGGAAGAAGGAGAGGAGGACGGCGGUUGUGGUUGCGAGCCAGGCGAGCGAGAAUGCGACGUGGAUUGGCGAGGCGUUUCCGGAGUGGGAGCAGAAUAUAUAUAGGGUUGAUGAUCCGGGCGCGAAGUUGACGGUGCCGAAGAAUAAGGGGAGGGAGAGUAUGGUGUAUUUGACAUACAUCAUCGACCACUACGACACCCUCCCAGACAACAUCCUCUUCAUCCACCCCAACCGCUACCAAUGGCACAACGACGACCCCGACUACGAUGGCCUCCCCAUGCUGCGCCACUUUCAGCUCCCUUACCUCGAGGAACAAGGCUACGUCAACAUUCGCUGCGCGUGGUCACUCGGUUGCCCUGCGGAGAUCAAGCCGCUGGCUGAAGAGGGCGAGCAUAGAGAAGCGGUGCAUGCCGGCGGUGAUUAUAAGAAGGCGUUCCAGGUGUUGUUCCCGGGGAAGGAGGUCCCUAAGGAGGUCGGUGUUAGUUGCUGUGCGCAGUUUGCGGCGACGAAGGACAAGAUUAGGGAGACGAAGAGGGAGGAGUAUGUUAGGUACAGGAAGUGGCUUGUGAAUACAGAUUUGGCAGACAGCAUUAGUGGGAGAGUGUUGGAGUACUCAUGGCACAUGGUCUUUGGCAAAGAGCCAGUUCACUGCCCUAGCGCGAAAGAGUGCUAUUGUAAAGUAUUUGGUCUCUGCGACCUUACUUGCAAGGGCCCUAGCAGCUGUGAAAGUCGAUACAUUCUUCCCCCGUUUUCCUCUCUGCCACAAGGCUGGCCGUUUGUGGGUUGGAAGGGAGAGCCGCGAAAGAGGAUGGGUAGCGAAGAAUGAUCCACACACGACUGCGAUCUCGGUUAUCCACGUUCUCGCGGUGUCAUCGUCGAGCUACGGUGGCCUCAUUCUUGUUGGUCUCCCCCUCACCGUUCUCAUGCGGUGGCCUGGCAUGAUGAUACGCACUAUUCAUCGGUCGACAGUUCCAACCCGCUCAGCCACACGAAACGAACCACGUCACGAUAGUAGCACGAUAUUAUCUUCGCGUAGUACGGCACCU